UUUGGUAUAGUCAAGAUCCAAGAUGGCGCUGCGAGGACUGAGUUUCUGUGUUACUUUUGUACUUCGUCACGUCAAUUCUCCAAGACUAGAAGUGUUUUGUUCGGCAGUGAAAUUUAACAGUAUUAUAUGCAGAAUUGAAGCCAGGCGUUACCUUUUGUCAGAGGAUGUGGUGAGACUGGAAGAUUUUCAAAAGAAGAAACUUGCUGUGGCUCGACAAUUGUCUGGAUCAAAAGGGCAUUUCUUUGCUGCAUUAAAUGAGAAAAUAGAAAGAAAUCAGUUGAUCUUGAAGGAUGAACUGAAGCUGCUUCUCCUCCUCUGUCAGUCACCUGAGGAUAUGGUUAUGGCUAGAAAUGCUAUCUACAGGUACCAUGAACAAAAUGGUAAUAUGGUAUUUGGGGAGUUCAGGUUUGGACCCUUGUUUAUGAGGCUGUGCUAUGAACUGGGCCUGGCAGAUUUAGCAUUCACUACACUAACAGAUAAGAGGCUAAAAGGGUUCUUUCCAGACUGUACAUCCUUCAACCUGGCCAUAGACCUGCUAUUCAGUAAAGGGCAAUUUGAAGGUGUGUUGGAGCUUAUAAGGGAAAUGAAAGCCCAAGGCGUUGCUUUCAACAAGGACACCUUUACGCUGGCAUUUGCUACCUGCUACAAGCUAAACACUGCUAAGUCAUACCAGAUCUGCUUAGCCUUGCUAGAGGAAGGUCAGACAAAAGUCAGCUUCAUUCCUAGACAUGCUUAUUGUAUUGCAGUUGCCUUUGCACUUAAACAGGAUGAUGUUGAGCGAGCACAGAGUACCUACACUCAGAUCAUAAACACAGACAGCAGACUAUGCCAAAACCUGAGAGUACUUCUGUUGGCCAUGUCAGGAUCUAUAAAUGAUGCAGUUUCUGUCCUCACAACAGCCCUGCUAUCUGAUAGUUUAGUGUUUGUAAAGAAGCAAGACUUCUGCCAAGAAGUGGUGGAUGUGUUAAAAGAGAGAAGUGAAGACGGGCCAUGGAAAAUGCAAGUUGAGCAUCUGAUUACUCAGCUACAGCAGGCAGGUCAGGUGAACCCAGAAAGGCUGGACCACUUGCUGUACCGCACUCCUACAGGGAAAAGGAAGCUUUUUUCUUUUCUGCACGAGGCGACCAGCAGGACCAGCAGCCGAAGGACUCUGAGACCACUGCUGUUAGAGUGAACACACACAUGAUGGUCAUGGCUACAACUUAAGUUAAUAAAAUAUUAGCAGUACACAAUACUGAUGCGUCUGUUCCUGGUAUUAAAACCGUAAAGUUUUCUUUAGAAGUGUGGGGAAAACAAUUCCACAAGCUAGCCAGUGUGUGCCGAAUACAUUGAGUUGUGUGUGUUAAAAUUGACAAUUAGUUUCUGUCUAAAGAAAUAUAUAUUUUUGUGCUCAUGGGCUGCAUUUAUUAUAGUGUAUUUAAUAUGUAAUUUUGAACAAGACGAGGGUGCAUGUGUGUUGAUAUGACAAGGCAUUUUUUUACAUUUAAAAAUAAUAAAUUAAUAAAUGUAAAGAACAUCUGAAUAGUUACAUAUUAAGAUAUAUUAACUGCAAUAUCUUUUUGUAAACAGUGAAAAGUAUUUAAUCCCUUUAAUCCCAUGAAAUUUUAAUUAUAAUUGAGCAUUAAUUGACAGUCAUCCAAUGACACAUUUGCAAUAGUGGUUGUUGUAGGGUAUGAAAAUAUGCCUGAUCUAGUGGGUAAAUUGUAAAGCACUUGAACAAUUAAUCAGAAGAAAAAUAACAUUUGUUUCUUUCAACAUAAAUGAAAGAAACAACAUUCUUUCAGUAUGUUUCUUUGGGGGUACAAUAUAUAGUAGAUUAUCAAGACUAUCACGGCAUUCUGGAGCGAAAUUUGCUGCCUAGUGUCAGAAAGCUUGGUCUCGGUCACAGGUCAUGGGUCCUCCAACAAGAUAAUUGCCCAAAACACACAGACACAAGAAUGUCUAAGAACUAAACAAUAAACUAUUCGGAAGUGGCUUUCUAUGAUCCCUGACCUAAAUCCUAUUGUACAUCUGUGAAAAGAGCUGACAUGCAGUUUGGAGAAGGCAGCCUUCAAACUUGAGAUAGCUAGAACAGUUUGCUCCUGAGGAGUAGGCCAAAAUACCUGUUAACAGGUGAAGAAGACUCAUUGAGGGUUAUAGAAAUUGCUUGAUUGCAGUGAUCAUGCUGGGAUUGUAAUUGUAAAAGAUUAGGGCAAUCACUACAAUAUUAAAAAUAUUAAAGGUACCAUAAUUUUUGUCCA